AUGGCGACAUUGGCAUUUGAACUAGGACUGCUCGCGUUGUUUUCCAGUGUAAAAACAGAAACAAGUGGACAGAUGAUAACUGUUCCGGUACAGCUCCACACCACUGGUAAAUUACCAUGCGGAUGCCCUGUCUCUCAAGAAUCAACCAUUUCAGUUCAAUGGUACGAAAGCAGUAACUCAGAUGUCUUUGUGAAAGAUGGAGAAGCCCUUGCAUGGUGGUACGAAGGAGACACAGGCAGUUCACAGGGGUUUGGAAUCAAAGAUGACUUCUCCAUGGUUAUGUACAGUGUAAAUGUAACCAACGGAGGCUUGUAUAGGUGUAUCGUUACUCCAGUCGACUCUAGAAUUCGGUGUACGCAUGAUGUUAAAUUGAUCAUAUUUGCCAAUCCGGACACCUCUCCUGUGAUUGAGUACAAUCGGCAGACCAAUGGUUUCAACGUGACCUGCUCCAUAAGUAAUGUUUUUCCGAUGACCUUCCCAAUACUUACAACCAAAGAAGGGAAUAGAACAGCAUUUAUCAACAGUGAUGGAACAUACAACACUACGGUGACCAAUUGGUUUGCAGCUAACGAGACGGAUAUAACCAUAGCGUGUCUGUAUUCCAAUUUGAACUUCACGAUUAUGUCUUCCCUGCGUAUUAUUGACAGUGACAGCAUCAACCAGAACACGACACACACCGACUUAGUACUGUGGAUGGUAUGGAUAAUCCCCAUAAUAGGAGUUCUCUUUUUCGUCGUCAUCGUUUAUGCCAUCAAAACUGCUCUGCGUAAAACCAUACGGAACAACACAGAAGACAUAGAUUGAGAUAAACACCAUAAGGGAAAACAAACGAAGAGGAUAAGCAAGCGAAAUCCAAUAGGAUUCUGUUAUUGUGCUAAGUUGUUUCAUGCAGUAAUCCCGUUUAUAAUUCCAAUACUAAUAUUUUUUAUUAUUCUACUUAUAUAUCUUGCAACAGCAAGACAUUUCACUGAAGCAGGCGGACAACUAGAAGGAAAUAUUCCAGCAUAUAAAUAGCUGAUUACAUUGAUUUUGUCGCUGGAUCGUAUCUAUAAAACUUGACGCUUCACUUAGCAACAAUGUUUGAAAAUGGAAUGUCAAAUCUAUUUGUGCCAUAUUUUGGUAACAAAAGCGUGACGUAAAGUCAAUUCAAGUUUGAAAUGAUAAUUAUGGAACCUUUUUAUUGUGUGGUGACGUGCAUUUGAAUAAGCUAAUAAAUGAGGGCGAAUAUGUGUUUCCCAGGUGACAAGGGCGUACAUGCUCAGAUUUGGUUAUGUUCUGUUUUAAUUUUUAUUGUUAAUAUUAAUAUGAUGACUAUUAUUAUUAUCAUUUUCAUUAUUUUCGUCCUAAUUGUUCUUUUAUUAUUAUCAUUACUCUUAUAUUAACCGUAAUAAUGAUGGUGCCGUUAUUGUAACUUUUGAGGACAAGAAGGGAUGUUUUGUAUGCAAUGGCUACAUGCCAUUUCAUGAUAGAUUUCAGGAUAGUAAUUUGUAAUCGUAAUUCUCAACAAUAUUGACGUUUUUUAUGCAUGGGGCUAAUGCUUAUUAUGCUUGUAUUUGAGGUGAUUUGAAUGAGACACUUCUAGAGAUACUUACCAAACCAAACGGUUCUUUUUAUUGAUAAUUUUAAUGUUUCCACACAAUAUCAGUUUUGUCAUUUAGAUUUUUACUUUCUGUAGUAAAGGGUCAGAUACAAUUCAUUGAUCAAUCUAGCAGAUUCCCCUCAACAUUUGAGUGGGUUGAUACAGCUCAUAACUUUUCAGAUCACAUAGCAGUGAUUUUGUGUUGGGUUUCCAGGUAUCUGAAUUGUCAGAAAAUGAUAUAUGAGUAGAGAUCAAAAGAAAAGAAGGACUUUUGUUGCUGGAAAUUUGCUAAAAAGAAAGACAUUUCCAGAUGAGUUAAGAAUUGAGAGAAUUGUUAGCUGGAUGCUCAUAAAGUAUGGGAGUCAUAAUCAAUUAAUCAAUGUAUUCCAUGAAAGUAUUACAAACGCAUGUUUAAAAUGAUGCGAAUAAUUUGGAUGAUAUACCUUCUUGUGCUAUUAAUUGUGAAUAUAUGAAAGUGUGUGUUAGUCAUACUUAUUCCAAAAUUCAUGUUAAAAUACUGCCAGUGAAGUUUGGGUAGAACCAUUGGAAAAUUAUUGAGUCAUUAAUAAUGAAAAUAUCUAUGUAGAAGUGAUCUAUAGUUAUGUUCUAGAAAUCUACACCUAUGUAUAUGAUUAUGGCAAAAUAGACUGUUUCAUAUUUUGUUCAUGAUAAGAGUAAUAUUUAUGAUCCUGUUUAAGAUGCUAUUAAAGUUUUUGAUAUAGUGAAUUUCGUAAAACUUUUUGAAAUCAUGUUACGUAAAGGGAUCUGUCCUUUGUUCUGCAAGCUGCUUUUGAAUAUGUGUUUGGUUCCAAAGAUUAGACUCAGGUGGAAUGGAAUUUAUUCGUAGUUUUGCAUGGUUACAAACGAUGUUAAACGAGGUGGGAUUUUUGUUUCAUCCCUGUCUGUUUUGUAUGUAUAUUGACGGUCUCCUUCAAUAGUUAAAGGCCAGAGACUGGGAAGGCCAGUAAUAAAAUAGAUAGGGGAGAGAACAAAAAGAGAAAUAAAGCAAGAGAUAGGGAAGAGGAAUGUCAUAAUAAUAGGUGAAAUAAAUUGUGAAGAUGUUAAAGAGUUAACAGAGUAAAUAAUAAGAUAAGACUGAUUAUAACGUAGAGCAGCAACAAUGGAGAGACAAAGAAGAAGAGACAAAGACAAAACUCAGUAGACAAAGUGAAGAUAGAGAGGGGAGAAAACAAGUGAUAUACAUUAGAGAAUGAAAACUGGCUUUUAAAGGAAUACCAUACAAUCCACGCAGCAUGCAUUACCUACCAAAUGAUUUAAAAGUGAAUGUAGUUUAGAGUCAUACAUUUUAAAGAGAUAUAUGAUUGAAUCUUAUCAUUUCUGUUUAAAUUAUAAUUAUGAACCAGAGGUGACACUCCAUGUAAUUUACUUUGAGUCGUGAAAUGAGAUAACCCUUAGUACAAGAAUAGAGAAAUAAAAUAAUAUGACUCAUCGGCAUCAUGAUUA